GCUCCCUCCCGCGAGCCCGCCCGGCUGCCCUGGAGGUCCGCGAGGGCGAGCGCUGGCCCGCCCCUUCCCUCGCGCUGCCCGGCGCCCUCAGUGUCCCCAGCGCCCUCGGUGACCCCGCCGCGCCUGGCCGGACAUGCUGCCCGACUGCCUGUCCGCGGAGGGCGAGCGGCGCUGCCGGCGGCUGCUGGCGGGAGCCACGGCCCGGCUCCGCAUGCGGCCCGCUGCGGCCGCGGUUCUGGUGCCUCUGUGCUCGGUGCGCGGGGUCCCGGCGCUGCUCUACACGCUGCGGUCCAGCCGCCUGGUCGGGAGGCACAAGGGUGAAGUCAGUUUUCCAGGUGGUAAAUGUGACCCAGCUGACCAGGAUGUGGUGCACACGGCCCUGAGGGAGACCCGUGAGGAGCUGGGCCUUGCUGUGCCUGAGGAGCAUGUGUGGGGUGUCCUGCGGCCUGUGCAGGAUCAGCGAAAGGCCACUGUGGUGCCGGUGCUUGCUGGCGUGGGCCCGUUGGAUCCCCAGAGCCUGAGGCCCAGCCCUGAGGAGGUGGAUGAGGUGUUCGCACUGCCGCUGGCCCACCUGCUGCAGGCACAGAACCAAGGCUAUACCCACUUCUGCCAGGGUGGCCACUUCUGCUACACUCUGCCUGUCUUCCUGCAUGGGCCACACCGUGUCUGGGGGCUCACAGCUAUCAUCACCGAGUUCACCCUGCAGCUGCUGGCACCUGGCACCUAUCAGCCCCACCUGGCCAGCCCUGGAUUGCCCAGGGGCUGAAAGCCUAUCUCUAAGCAGCCCUUGCCUUUGUUAUGCCAGCCAGCUCCACUUCAGGACUGAAUAAAGAGCCUUUACCAAC